AUGCCAACCCUUUGUAAGUGUUCCGUAACACUAAUAGCACUUCAAGAACGACUCGUACCGAAGCCCUUCGACUGCGCCUUACAGACUUUAUUUGCCCCAGAGGCCUUAGCCGGCGCUAGUCUUCGCAAUCCAAUUUUCCUUCCUGCGAAGAACCUAUGCGCGCUUCUUGAAGACGCGGAGUGUGCAGCGUCCUUCUUUAGGCGGCCAGUUGGCAUCAGCGCAAAUAACAAAGCCGUGGUCAAGAAAGCCGCGGAGAGAGUCUCCUCCACUGGAAAGCCCUUGGGACUCGCUCUCUGGUGGGAGGGUCAGCAGCUAUCCGUCUCCGCCAAAAUCGCUUUGCCAAAAGCCAAAGCACUGAGAAUCUGCUCCCCCCUCUGCGGCAACAGCGCCGCCAAUCCCAAGUUCCACCUCAGCCAUCUAGUCGCCGUCACCACCAUCAUGUCGUUCUUCGAGAGCGCGAAGAACGCCCUCGAAACCUUCACGUCCGAUAUCCAGAAGAAGGUCGAUGAGAUCACCAGCAACACCGAAGCCGACGACGCACCCGGCGCCGCGCCUCUCGGACUCCAGAACGCAGCCGAUGAUGGCCCCGCGCGCCGCGGUGCGGCCAGCAGUCCUAACCGGUUCGGCAGCUUCGCUCCCCCCCGACGAGGGAGGGGAAACGACGCAAAGUGGUUCGUCGACGGGUGCGGGUACAUGUGGGCUGUGUCCGUCGCCAUGGAGGAGGCGAGAGACAGCAUCUGGAUCUUGGACUGGUGGCUCAGCCCUGAGCUCUAUCUGAGACGGCCGCCGACGGAGAAUGAGGACUACCGGGUCGAUCGCUUGCUGAUUGCGGCUGCGGAGAGGGGGGUGAAGGUCAAUGUUAUUGUUUAUAAGGAGGUUUCGGCGAUUUUGACCCUUUGCUCGGAACAUAGCAAGAAGGCACUCGAGCUUCACCCUAACAUCGCGGUCUUCCGUCACCCGGAUCAUGCCCCGAGGGGACAAGACCUCCACUCUGAGAUUAUGGAAAGCUUCAAGGACUUCUCGUUGAAGUCGCUUCAGCUUGCCGAUGUCCCCGAAGAGACCUUCAAAGCCCUGUACGGCGUAAGCCAAGAUGUGGUUUUGUACUGGGCACAUCACGAGAAGCUGUGUCUCGUGGACGGACGCAUUGCCUUUAUGGGCGGCCUCGACCUGUGUUUUGGCCGUUGGGAUACCAACUCCCAUCCCCUCGCCGAUGCCCAUCCCACCGACAUCAGCCAGGCUCUCUUCCCAGGUCAAGACUUCAACAAUGCUCGAGUCUACGACUUUGACGAUGUCCCGAACUGGGAAAACAACAAGCUGGACCGCACGAAGAACGGCCGGAUGGGCUGGUCGGAUAUCUCCAUCUGCGUGCGGGGUCCCGUUGUGGAGGAUCUCAAAGCACAUUUCGUGCAGCGGUGGAACUUUGUUUUCGAAGAGAAAUACAACGUGCGGGACGAUCCCAGAUAUACCGGUCUGACUUUCAACCCCGUUGAGAUUCCAGAGGGCUACUAUCAGGCCAACGGAAAGAAUGCUGCACCAAUGUCCGGAGACCAGGCUGGAGGAGACCAAGAUUCAUCACGUGGAUUCGACGGCGGCAGUAUGUUCGAUGUUGAGGAUUCCGAGGAAGACCGAUCCAACACCGGAAUGUCAAUCCAGCUCGUCCGAAGCUGUACUGAGUGGAGCAACGGCGUUCCCAAGGAGAACUCGAUUCAAAAUGCGUACAUAGAGGUUAUCAAGAACAGCCAGCAUUUCGUCUACAUUGAAAACCAGUUCUUCAUCACCGCUACGGGCGAUGAGCAACACCCCGUUUCGAACCAGAUUGGCGCCGCCCUCGUCGAGCGCAUCGUCCGGGCCUACCAGAAUGGCGAGAAGUACAAAGUCAUCGUCUGCAUGCCAGCCGUGCCCGCAUUCGCCGGGGAUCUCCACGCCGACGACAGUCUCGGUACGCGUGCCAUCAUGGAAUACCAGUAUCAAAGUAUCUGUCGUGGCGGGCACAGCAUCAUGGAAGCCAUCGAGCGGGCUGGAGUUCCCGACUCGAAGCAGUACAUCCGCUUCUACAACCUGAGAAACUACGAUCGCAUCAACGCCGGCGCGGCCAUGUCGCGCGUUCAAGACGCCAGUGGCGUGGACUACGAGGGAGCGAGACGGGAACACGACGAUAUGGUCGGUGCUGGCUACGAUGGUCGAGGCGAGGGUACCGGUGCCUACGACGGCCGCUCGAACCCUGCGUACGAGCAGUAUCAGGAGGCGGGAGCGCAAGUGUCUGAUGGGAGCAAGUACGACAGCGUCAGCGAGUGCUACAUGGACAACGGUCCCUCGAUCACGGAUAUCCCGUGGGCUGGAACCGAAGAAGCGGAAUUCGAUGCUUUUGUCAGCGAAGAACUCUACAUCCACUCCAAGGUCCUCAUAGCCGACGACCGGAUCGUCAUCUGCGGCAGCGCCAACCUCAACGACCGCUCGCAACUCGGCGACCACGACUCCGAAAUCGCGCUCGUCAUCGCCGACCCGACGCCCGUCCAGUCCGAGAUGAACCACGCGCCUUACCGAGCCUCCGCGUUCGCGACGUCCCUCCGCCGCCAGCUCUUCCGCAAGCACCUCGGUCUCCUCCCCCACCAGGACCCCGCCCGGCCCGACGCCAACUUCCUGCCGAUCGACCAGGCGCCGCAGAACGCGUACGACUGGGGCUCGCCGGCCGACCUCCUCGUCCGCGACGUCCUGUCCGACGAGUUCGACGAGCUCUGGACCGCGACGGCGGCGGUCAACACGCGGGUCUUCAACAACGCCUUCCACUGCGUCCCUUCGGACGAGGUGCGGAACUGGGAGGACUACCAGGCGUACUUCGCCGACUUGUUUAUCGGCAGCGGUGCCGGCGCGGGCGGAGACGGUGAUGGGGGUGCGGAGGUCCCAGCAGCCCGAUACGCGUACGGCCACGUGGUGAAGGAGGCCUUUCCGGGCGGCGUGCGCGAGUUGAAGGAGGAGCUGGCGCGGGUGAGGGGGUCGUUGGUGGAGAUGCCGUUGCUGUUUAUGGAUGGGGUUGAUUUUGCUAAGGAAGGUCUGUCGCUUAAUGCGCUGACGGAUGAGAUUUAUACUUGA